ACCUAGACAGUCUGUCAUUACUUGGGAUCAUCAUCCCAAGAUGAAUAUUUAUUUUAAAGUUAUAAUUAUCGAUUAAAUUUUCCAGGAUUGUCCUUCAAUUAUUUUCAAGUUGCCGAGAGGCUGCGCUACUAUCGUUGUCAUCAUCAUCAUCAUCAUCAAAAUCAUCAAGCAACAACACACCAACAUCAACAAAAAAAAAACAACAUUUAAUAAAGGAUAGAAAAUUUGACAGUGUCCUUUAAAUUGAAUAGAAAAAGAAAGAUAAAUAUAUAUGUAUAUAUUUUAACCAUUUUAACAUUUUGGAGCAAGUCUGUUACGAGGCCACUUGGGAUUGCACCAUUGUCCAGCAAUGAUACAUACCAAAAUGGACUCCGCCGAGUUGACGGCUGGAUUCAUUGACAAUUUAUCAAUUAUUUAAUUAUCAUAAAAUAUAUGCCAAUAUAUCGUGAUAAUUGUUCAUUCAUAAAAUAAAAGCGUUAAUUUUGUUUUAUAUAUUUUUUCAAAGUUUAUUCAAGUGAUACAGUGGUUAAAAAAAAAAAAUUGCUCCUACAAAAACAAACAAAACAACAAAAUUUAAUAUCAGAAUGAUAUCACAUUUUUAUGUUUGGUUUAUAAAAGAUUAUAAAUUUAUAUAUUGAUAUAAAAUAUUACAUCCGGAUAUACAACACAAGGACUUUAUUAUAAAUUGCUCAAUAAAUAAAUUUAAAAAAAAAUUAAAUAAUAAUAAGAAUUUUUGUUUAUAAAAAUAAAUAAAUAUAUCUUUAAAAAAGAUAUUUUAAAAUAAUUAAAAUAAUAAUGGAGAAUGGAAAUGAUACUGAAACAGGAUGGCAAGAAUGUGCCAGCUGGUUAACAAGAUGUGGUGCAUUACGUGCUGAUCAUAAAGCAAAUUGGCCAUCAGCAAAACCAUUUGAUUUAGCAUAUACACUUAGAGAUGGUGUACUUUUAUGUAAUUUAUUAAAUCUUGUUGAUCCAGGAUGUUUUGAUAUUAAAGAUGUCAGUCAAAAACCACAAAUGGCACAAUUUUUAUGUUUAAGAAAUAUUAAAUUAUUUUUAAAUGUAUGUUCAACAACAUUUGGAUUAUCUGAUUCUGAUUUAUUUGAAGCAAGUGUUUUAUUUGAUUUAUCAAAUUUUCAUCAAGUACUAUGUACACUAUCAGCAUUGUCAUUCACAUCAAGAUUCCGUCGUAAAGGAAUACAGGGAUUUUCUGUGGGUCGUGAUCGAUCACAGGAAGAUGCAUACAAGGACCUUCAAAGUGCUGGUGUUGGACGUGAGAAUGAGGGUCGUCAAAGAAGACUACGUAGACGUGAGGGUGAUGAGGCUGGUGCUGGGGCUUGUCAUGUUAAUAAUGAUCCAGCUUGUGAAGAGGAUGGAUAUGGUGCUUAUUGCAGUCAAAUACAAAGUGAAGAAAUUUAUCAUGAUCUUUGUAGUCUUCAAAUUCAAACAUCUCCAUUAGCACCGGAGGAAGGAGCAAUACCAGGUGGUGGUGAAAAACGUGAUUACGUUGUACAAGAAUUAGUUGAAACUGAAAGAAAUUAUUCUGAAGUUUUAAGUAGUUUAUUACGUCAUUUUGCACGUCCAUUAUCAUUACAUUUACGUCCAGAAGAAUCAUCAAAAAUUUUUUUUGGUAUAAAAGAAUUAGCUGAAAUACAUGCCGGUUUUCAUAGUCAAUUAAGAAAAGCCAAAAGUGGUGCUGAACUUGGACAAGUAUUUCUUGAUUGGCGAGAAAAAUUUGUAAUAUAUGGUGAUUAUUGUUCAAAUUUAACAUCAGCACAAAAUUUAUUACAAGAAUUAUGUAAUAAAAAUGAAUUAUUAAAUCAAGAAGUUAUAAAAUGUCAACAAGAAGCAAAUAAUAGAAAAUUUAAAUUACGUGAUAUAUUAUCAGUACCAAUGCAACGUGUAUUAAAAUAUCAUUUAUUAUUAGAUAAACUUGUUGAAACAACACCACGUGAAUGGACUGAAAAUUUACGUCAAUUAACAAAAGCACGUGAAGUUAUGAUUGAUGUUGCACAAUAUAUUGAUGAAGUUAAACGUGAUUCAGAUACAUUAGAUAUUAUAAAAGAUAUACAAGCAUCAAUUGUUGAUUGGGCAUCACCAGUUGAAUUAAAAGGCUAUGGACGUUUAUUAAAAGAUGGUGAAUUAAAAGUUAAAGCACAUGGUGAUCAACGUGUUAAAACAAGAUGGGCAUUUAUAUUUGAACAAACUGUUUUAAUAUGUAAAGCUGGUCGUGGUGAUCAAUAUUGUUAUCGUGAAACAUUAAAACUAGAUGAUUAUAGAUUAGAAGAUCAUACUGGUCGUCGUACACUUGGUAGAGAUUCAAGAUGGUCAUAUCAAUGGUUAUUAGUACAUAAACAAGCAUACACAGCAUAUACAUUAUAUGCUAGAACAGAUGAACAAAAACAAAUGUGGAUAAAAGCAUUACAAGAUGCCAUUGACACUAUUAAUCCAGCUGCAUGUCGUACAACGAAUCAUAAAUUUAUAUUAACAACAUUUGAUACAGCACGUAGUUGUCAAAGAUGUAAUAAAUUUCUCAAGGGUCGUAUAUUUCAGGGAUAUUGUUGUGAAGUUUGUCGACUUGCUGUACAUAAACAAUGUAUACCAUAUUCAGGAAGAUGUAUACCAAUACCACCACCGCCACCACCACCUCCACCACCAGUACCAUGUGAUAGAGGUUUAUCAGUUAAAUUAUGGUUUGUACAUGAAAUGGGAAGAGAUGUUGCAACACAACAAUUAGAAGGACGUGAAGAUGAAACAUACAUGUUAAGAUUAAGACCUGCUGGACAACCAAGAUUAAAACAUGAAACAAAUUAUGCAAUUAGUCUAAUGGCUGAUGGUGCUGUUAAACAUAUUAGAGUUUUUAAACGUGAUGUUGAUGGUGCUGAUUUAUAUUAUUUGAGUGAAUCAAGAUUUUUUAAAUCAGUUGUUGAACUUGUUGAAUAUUAUCAAAGAGAAUCAUUAGCUGAAAAUUUUGAAAAAUUAGAUAAAAGAUUACUUUGGCCAUUUAAACGUGUAUUAGCUAAAGCAUUAUUUGAUUUUCGUGCUAUUGAACCAAAUCAAUUAAAUUUACAUCGUGGUUGUCGUGUUGUUGUGUUGAGUAAACAGGGUGAUGCAAAAGGUUGGUGGAAAGGUAAAAUUGGUGAUUACGUUGGUUUUUUUCCAAAAGGAUAUGUUGAAGAAGUCAGAGAAUAAAUUAAACCAUUAAAUCUAAUAAUAUAAGUUUUUUUUUUUUUUUUUUAAUUAAUUAACUAAUAAACAUUAAAAUCCAAAGACCAAGGCCAAUACUUUCUUUUGUGAAAUAUGCCUGUACGUUACACUAGUCCCAGGAUUAUAAAAUUUCUUUUUUUUUUAAAAAUCAUUGAUCGUCCAGAUUUUUUAUUUUAACAUAUCACAAGGAAAGUUAAUCAGAUCUAAAUUGGCUUUAAAACAAAGAAUAUCUUUGAAAGAAAAUAAAUAUAUAUAUUAUAAAUGAUAAAAUUAAAAAAUUGCCUCUAAGGAAAAUUAUUUUGUCUAUUGACAAAUUGCUUGAUAAAUAUAUAUAUAUAUAUGCAUCAAAAAAAUAUUUUUAAUAAUGAUGCACUAUUCCACUAGUUAAUGAUAAAAUAAAUCAUAAAAAAAAAUUAACAAAAAUAAAUAAAAAAGAAAAAAGUCAUAUAAUAAAACAAUAUUUUUCAAUUAAUUGAGAACGCCUCUCUCCAAUUGUGCCAAUAAAACAAUUUAAAAAAAAAAAUAAUAAUAAUAAACUAAAAAAUAUCUAGUUAUAUAAUAAUGAAUAUAAAAUAAUAAAUAAAUUGAUGUAUAUAUUUCAAUUGUUGUAAAAAUACAAAAUACAAUAUUUUAUGUCUCAGCGUAAUAAAAUUUUACGUCUGAAAUUAAGUAUUUUUUUUUAAGUUUGCUUAUUUACAUGAGAUUCAAGUUUGUGUUUUUUUUUUUUUAAUUAUAUAUUUAUGAAUUAUAAAAACUUAUCUCUUUUUUGAUAAACAAUUGUUGCUAUUUUAAGUGAUAAUCUUUUACAUCCAGAUUUAGCAAAUAAAUUGUGUGUUGAUGAAUCAAAUGUAACAUAUGACAUGACUUCAUUAAUAUCAUCAUCACUUGGUUUAUAAUUUUUAUCAUUAAAUUCAAUUUCAAUACAACGUUUAAUAUGUUUUUCUUCCAUUGGUAAAAAUGGUACAUAAUGAUCAAUUAAAUUUGUACUUAUUGUAUGACUAUUUUUAAAACCACCAAUUUCAUUAAAUGCCCCCAUUGUUAUAAUAUUUUCAAAAUCACUUAGCUUUGUAUUAUCACGAUUACCACCAUUUUCCCAUAUUUUAAUUAAUGUAUUUAUUAUUUCAUGACUACCAGUAUUUGAUAAAAAAAUAUAUAUUGCAUUAUUUGUUUUAAUAUCAAUAUGUUGAUCAUUAUCAUUAUAUAUAUUUUGAUGUUUUCCAUAUUGUAAAAAUGGUACAAGUACAUUUAAUACACCUUGUGGCAUCAUAUCAACUUCAUCAAAUACAAAUAUUGAAUUUGGACAAUCAAUUAAACUAUCAAUUAUU